CAGGAAGAGAUGACGUCGCUGUGGGUGCAACUACAAGUGGAAAAGUGAAUUUUUACCCCUGGACAAUAGAUAAUAAAUAUUAUUCUGCAGAUAUUCACCUCUGUGUAGUACCAAACACAUUUCUUGUUACUGAAGAUAUUGCUGAAUCCGUGCAAGCAUUUGUUGUGUACUUCGACAGCACAAUAAAAUCUGGACUCGAUCCUGUCUCUGAAUGGCUUCCCCUAACAGAAGAGUGGUUACCAGAAGUCAUGAUUCUGGUUUGUGACAGAGUAUCUGAAAAUGGUGUUAACAGACAGAAAGCUCAAGAAUGGUGCAUCAAGCAUGGCUUUGAACUGGUGGAACUUAGCCCUGAGGAACUGCCUGAUGAAGAUGAUGACUUUCCAGAAUCCACCGGAGUGAAACGGAUCGUGCAAGCUUUGAAUGCCAACGUGUGGUCCAACGUAGUCAUGAAGAAUGACAGGAGCCAGGGCUUUGGUCUCCUCAGGACGUUCGCAGGUGCCAACUGCAGCGCUGGGUCCGAGGAGAACCGAGAUACAGAAUCCAAUCCCUCAGCAGCAGACAGAGAAGAAUCCCAUUUAGACGACAGAGAAGAUGGAGCUGGCACAAACAGCCUACAGAUUGACAACAUUGUGGAUCCCACGUUAGAUACGGACAUUCAGGAGUUAGCCAGCCUGACCACGAGAGACGGUGACCUGGAGAACUUUGAAAGGCUGUUCUCAAAGCUGAAAGAAAUGAAAGAUAAAGCCGCGACGUUGCCUCGUGAGCAGAGAAAACUACACGCGGAAAAGGUGGCCAAAGCCUUCUGGAUGGCAAUCGGAGGAGACAGAGAUGAAAUUGAAGGUCUCUCCUCGGAUGAAGAAAACUAAGUUCUGCGGCUGUAAGCGGCGGAGCAAUCCGAGAAGAGCGAUCUUUUCCUGCAGGAGUGGUGGUUGUGCAAAGCCCCGCGCAGCUUUAGUUGCUUUCUUUGGUUAAGGGAUUCCCCGCAUCGCUGUAGUAAGUUACACAUUCCACAGCUCC